AGGAGUUUUUGUGUUAAAAAGAAAAAAAAAGAGAAACAAAGGAGUUUUAGGUUAAAUUCAAAAUUCAAAAUCACAAAUUCGUCCCAAAUUCUGGCAUCCCGCGAUAGAUUCCAAUUAGUGAGAAGAGCAAAGAGAUGAGAGGCGGAGCCGCCGGAAAGAGAAAAACAACGGCCGGUUUCUCCGGAGCACCACCACCGCAACCACCACCUUCGGUAGAUUACCAGCGCCAACUCUUCAACUCACGAGACUCCGACGCCAGUUUCGCCAGCAGCCGCCCGUCAUCAGUCGGCUUAAGCCGCGCCUCCGAUAUACACACCGACAGAUCUCACCAAUCCUCGACGAUCCGCUCCAUCAACGCCUUCCUCGCGUCUCACAACUCCCCGAUCUCGCUCCGCGCCCACCCCGUCCCUCCCGUCAAAGACAUCUCCGAAACCCUAGUUUUCCUCCUCUCCACGGUCGAUUUCCACUGCGAUAAUCGCAAAUGGGACGAGGACGUCGUCUUCUUCCUCAGAUCGCUUAGCUGCCCGCUCAAGCUCACCAAAUCCACCCUCCGCGCUCCGAACUCGCCUCACAACUGGCCUAACGUCCUCGCCGUGAUUAACUGGCUGGUUCAGUACGCUCGCUUCCGUCAGCAUCUAUCGUCGAAUCCCGCCUCGGUGGCUCCGGAUGCUAACUCUAUGUCUUCCUUCGGGAUCAGAAGCUACUGCCAUUUCAUCCGCGGGGAAGACGAUUCGGUUAACGAUCUUGAUUCGGAGUUCUUGGGGAAACUCGAAGCGGAGAAGGUUACGAUCGCUGAAACGAUCUCGAAUUCUGAGAAGGUCGCCGCCGAAUUGGAGGCGAAGCUCGAUGCGUUGAGGAAAGGUCCCUCGAAGAAGGAAGCUCUAGAGAAAGUUAAGGCUGAUUUGGAGAAAGAUGUGAACAAGUUUCGCACGAUGGUUGCGGAACGUAGCGAGAGGACUCGUGGGAUGGAGAAAGUGGUGGAGGAGAAGGAGAAGGAAGUGUUGGCUAAGGAGGAAGAGAGGGGACGGAUCUUUGAAGAGAACAAGGAGCUGAAGAAGAGUGUGGAGGUUCAGUGUUUUAAUGUGAGAGAUGUUGAGAGGAUGAAGAGAGAGUUGCAAGCUGUGGAGAGAGAUGUUUCGGAGGCUGAGGUGGCUAGAGAUGGUUGGGAGCAGAAAGCUUGGGAGGUUAAUUCACAGAUUAGUAAUCAGUUUCAUCAGAUUCAGAGGCUUGCUAUUGAUUGUAACCAGGCUCUGAGGAGGUUGAAGGUUGAUGUUCAGUUCGCUGUGAAUGAGAGAGGGGAGGUACCUGAGGAGGUGAUGGGUGCGGAGUAUAAAGCUCUGGUGAAGCCAGCUCUGUGUUCGUUGUAUGAUGGUAUCAAAGAAGGGUCGACGAAGAAGGCUGAUGAGCUUGUUUCCUUACAACAACAGGUGUCUGAAAUGGCGUCGAAGAUCGAGUCAAGAAAGAGUGUUCUAAGGUCGAUUCAGUUGCAGAUCAAUGAAGUGGAAGAAAAGAUGAAGCUAGUGAAGAAGGAAACUCAGGACUUGGCUUCAAACUGCGACCUCGAGGUGAAAACAAUGGCUGAGAGUGUGAGAACGGAUGCUUUGAGUCUGGAAGUUGUGGAGAAAGAAGCUGCAGAGAUGUUGAAGGCUUCAGAGGUUAGAUUGGAAGAAGCAGUGAAGCAGAGCGAAGAGGAGGUCCAAGCUGUUGCUGCUCGACUCUUUGCGCUUAUCGAUUCGAUAUCUAAACAUAAAGAGUAUAUGGAUUCGAAGAUCUUGGAGGUGAAAACUGGUGUUGCUGACACUGCUAGUGCUGUUUCAGAGAUAUAUAAAGGGAGCCUUAAGAGGCACUUUGGUGGUUAAGUAGCUAGCUAGAGAUUAGAUGAGACAUUGACUGAGCCAAGAGAUUGUUAAGUAAUUUGUAAUGGAGAACGUUGUGGCUUUUGUUGAAUUAUUAUUGCAAGUGUUUACAUCUUUUGUCUCAUUUGGUUAUAAUCUUUGUUCGUUUGUUUGAAAAGAUCUCUUUGGCAUAUGAA